AGUUGGUAAGCUUGUGCCAACUGUGAUCGGAUGUCUGAGGAAACGUGCGAGGUGUCGUGUCGUCCGCGUUCGGACACUUGGAAGGAAAGAGUCCCGCAAUUUCGUUUGCACGUUCAUUUCGCCGGUGAGUGACGAGAGGUGAGGAAACAGAGAGAAAGAACCUUAGCGCGAUGGUGUUAUCAGACAGAAAUCGAGAGAAAAUGGACAGGUACACGACGUGGUUAUCGUUGCUACUCGUGUCGGGGAGUCUGCUUCUGGCGCAUACCAGCCACGUAGCCGGCACAACGGCGAUGCGGGGUGUACCGGUGUCAAUGAGGUCGAUGUACAACCCAAACCGCGACUUCGAGUGCUUGGACGGCAGUCUGCUGAUACCGUUCGCGAAUGUCAACGACAACUACUGCGACUGUGCGGACGCCAGCGACGAACCCGGCACGUCUGCAUGCGGUAACGGUGUGUUCUACUGCGAGAAUGCCGGCCACCAGCCGUAUUACGUGCCGUCGUCUUGGGUGAAUGACGGUGUGUGCGACUGUUGCGACGCGAGCGACGAGUACGACUACCCGUCGGAACACAAGUGCCAAAACACAUGCCACAUACUGGCCAAGGAGGCCAAGCUGGUGCAACAGAAAGCGGAGCAGCAGGCGCGCGAGGGUAACAAAUUGCGCCUGGAGUUGGUGAGCAAAGGCAAGACUAUCAAGGUGGAGUAUCGGUCGCAGUUGGCAAAGCUCAGGGCAAAUUAUGAGGAGGCGGAAUUGCUGAAAAAGGAGAAGGAGACAUUGAAGGCACAGGCAGAGGAGAAGGAGAGGUUAGCAUUGGAGAAAUACAAGCCACCUGAACCUGAACAGGCUCCUGAAGAGGAGUCAUCGCAGUCUUCGGCGACAAGGUUGUUAUUGGAUGAUCCUGAAUUGGAGAAAUGUUUCCAUAUCCUGGACGAUGACAGUGAUGGUAUAGUAAUGUUACAAGAAGUGGAAGAGAGAAUCCGCAACAGCAAGGAUAUGCCUUCAACUGUGACAGUGAGUGAUGCAAUGCACAUUCUGUUUGGUCACUUGUCUGCUACAUGGGAAGAAUUUUUGAAUAUAGCACAGGAAAAUGAACAGCAUGCAGUGAAGCUCGCAAUGGAGAAGAUCAAGGCUGUGGCAGGAUGUUUUGCACAAGAUGUUCCUGAUAAUGAAGGAGAGGAAGAUGAAAGUGAUGUUGAGAGAGAGGAAGAAGAAACAGAAUCGGAAGCAGAAUCAGAAACAGGUGUGGAGGAGGAAGCAGAAGACUCGGCUCGAUAUGAUGAGGAGACGCAGGCUUUGAUCAAUGAGGCUAACAGUGCUCGCGAACGCUUACAGGAGGCCGAGAAGGCCGUGAACGAAUUGCAGACUGAAAUCAGUCAACUGGAGGUGAAACUGCGCCAGAACUACGGGCCAGACGACGAGUUCGCGUCGCUGUACGGCGAGUGCUUCGAGUACGCGGACGUGGAGUACAUUUAUAAACUAUGCCUGUACGACAAAGCGACUCAGAGGUCCAAGUCUCACGGCGGUAGCGAGGUCAAUCUCGGCCAAUUCAACAAGUUUGCCGGACCGACCGGCAAUCGAUUCUCCCGUAUGGAGUACGACAAAGGUCUCACUUGUUGGAACGGCCCGCCACGUUCCACGCUCGUCACUCUAUCCUGCGGAACGGAGAAUAAGCUCAUAUCCGUGACAGAGCCGAGCCGCUGCGAGUACGCCAUGGAGUUGACCACGCCGGCUCUGUGUAGAAUAGACAGUAUAGAGACCGCCGACGUGCACGACGAUAUGCAACACACAUCCGACGCGCAACAAACGUCCGACGAGCAACACACACACGACGAAUUGUAAAUGGUUGUCCGGUCGUUUAGUGAAAUGCGAGAGGCGCGCGCAAGAUCGCACUUUCAAAGUGAAUGUCGAGCAUUUACGGGCUCUCGGCUGGCCGCGGGACGAGCAUCGAGAUUGCAAGGAAUUAUAAUAUUAUUAAUAAUAUUAAUAAUAUUAAUAAUAUAAUUUAUCGGAUCGAUCUCUCGCAUACCUUUGCAACGCAGUCGCGUAAUCGGUAACGUGAUUCCAAAUGUUACUGCGAGUCGUCGAUGAGUGAUAAUGGAAAUUUUAUGACCGCUUUGAGUCGUACUGAUUACUGAUACUGACCAUGUCAGCAGGUAUUUUUAGCAGCGAUACUUAAUAAAGCAAUGUUGUGUGUUAUUUGUCAGUCGUCUUGAGGCCGUAACAUUUCUUGGAGGUUACAAAACUCCAGUUUUGCAACUAAGAGUUGGUCAUAUUUCGAAAUUUUAUCCUGAACAAGAUCACGUAAGCACAUCUCGCCAAAGCCUGGUGAUUUAUAUCUGUUAUAGAAAUUAGAAAAUUAUAUUGUUUAAAUAAUGUAUUUAUCAAGAUUCUUAUACAAAAAAGGGAACAAAGAAACUUUUUGAUUCUAUCAUAAAACCAUCUGCUUUAGCAAUUCAAGCCGAAAAGAAAAAUAUACAAUGACUGGGAAUAUCUGAGUAUUCUCUGCUUGAAAUUCUGCCGCCAUGUGUUCAUUAACGAUCCCAAUCGGUUGCAAUCGAAUUACUUGUCCUUGCAACCUCGCAGAGUCCGUCGACUUAGUAUUGAAUGGAGCGAGCUCGUUAGCGAUAACCGAAAUAAUUAUCCUUAUCUCAUUCUGCAAAGUCGAUACAGUCAUUGUUAUGCGCGAGAUGAUUGCCAACGUUAAAAAGAGAUAAAGAGUAACUAAGUUAGCUGUUACAUUCCUCCUUUUGUACACGACGCAUUUCUACAAUUGUGAUUUAAAAGUGGAUCGAGAUGUAAUGUUCACGGCCGGUCUCAGGUCCGCUGAAACAUACUUUACACUAUUUAGUGUGCAUAGCUUGGAACCGCAGAGAAGAAAGGAAAGGAACAACAGUUACACACACACUGUUUCCGGCAUUCGAUUAGUCACUUACACGUACAGACUACGUUCUAAUAUCCAGCAAUGUAUACACUUAAGUUGGCUAUUUUGUAAUUUUUAAAGUCGACACGGCGCGACACGAGUCAGGAGGAUCUACAAUAAAGAGAGAAAACAA